AUGGAAAAGACGAGAGAUAAAUUAACAGACAAGGCCUUAAAUGGGCAAGAGAUAACAGAAGACAAGGCCUGUCUAAAAGUAAAGGUAGAAGAGUUGGAGCAGGAGAUACGUACAAUAUCCAGUCAGAAGAUUGAGUUGGAAGAUCAGAUAAUUAGCACAAAGAAUGAAGCAUAUCAUCUAAAAGUUGACAAUGAGAAUCUCCACAGAAGAAUUUUCGUCUUGGAGACAACUGUGAAAGAGAGAGAACAUGAGCUAUCUGCCCUUCAAAAGAAAAUUGAGGCUCAGGAAAAUGAUAUGUCAACUCAGAUUAAAUCAUUAACAGCACAGAUAAACAAUUUCCAUCAAAAACUGGGAACCUUGCACGAUGAGAAAAGCGGCCUGCAACUGCAACUUGAGCAGGAAAAACAAGUUUCUUCUGAGAGCCUAAAUCAUAUGGAGAGAAAGAACAUCGAAUUGACAAAGAAGAUUGCAGAUCAGCAAAAAACUGUGGCAGGGCUGGAGGAAGCUAUCAACAUGUUGAAUAUGGAACACAAACAAGUCCAAAAUAGAUUUGACGAUUCCAAGUUGAACUUCCAGAUCGCAGAGAGGAAAAUAGAAGAAAUGGCCGAAGAGUUCUUCAAAAAAUGUGGGGACAAUCUCCGCAUCUUGAGCCGGAGAAUCCGAGUUGCAGAACAGUUGCAUGUUGAGAACAAGGAAUGGUACGAGAAGACGAAAGACAGGUAUGAGCAACAAAACAAGGAGCUCAAAGAAAGGGUAGAAAAUAACAAAGUUUGGCUUAGCAAUAUCAAGGAUAUGACCCUAACUGCAGACAGCACACUGUCAGAUUUGGAUGCUGUUGCUCUAAAGUUUGAAGGCUGCAGUGCAAACUUCCUCAACCGAAUCUCCAAAGUUUCUUGUGAACUUAAGUUUGCAAAAGACUGGAUCAAGAGGAAGAACAAAGCAAUGACGCACGUCAAAGAUGAUCUAGAUUGCCUACUUACGCAGCUGGAUCACAAGGAGGCUGAGAUAUUAGUAUUCCGAGAGAAACUCUGGAAAUCAGAGAAUAAAGUCAGAGAACUGGAGAAAAUGAUCACAGAGAACGAGGAAGCGAUGUUGGCCCUAAAGGAAGAAAAAAGAGAAGCAAUAAGAGCAGCUUUGCGUCUGGAUUGA